CCCCCCUUUGAUUAACGGGUCCAUUCUCUCCCCCCUCCCAUCCCUGUGCAGAACAAACCCUGCUCCCAGCCUGCUGGAGAAGAAACAAACACAAGCGGAGGACGACAGCGGACGAGGUGGAAGCGGCCAGCUGUGUGACCCGUGGACAUCCUUGUGAGGACAUCUUGUAACCCCCGCGCUGCACCAAAAGGACACGACGCCAUGACGACAGAGAUGCAAGAGAUCGCCGUCACAGAGGACAAGCCGCUUCUCACGGGUCAGGCCGACUCCAGCAAGCAGGAUGCUGAGCUGGCAGCGAGGAUACUCCUGGACCAGGGACAGGAGCACAGCAUCGAGACCCCGCAUGGUGUGCUGCACGUGACGCUGCACGGCACAAGGAACAGCCGCCGCCCCGCCAUCCUCACCUUCCACGACGUGGGUCUGGACAACAAGAGCUGUUUCCUGCCGUUGUUCAAGUUUGAGGAAAUGCAGGAGAUUGUAAAAAAUUUCACCCUGAUCCACAUCGACGCUCCUGGUCAAGAAGACGGUGCUGCCGUUUACCCAGUGGGGUACCAGUACCCCUCCAUGGAGACCAUCGCAGAAAUGAUUCCCGCCGUCCUGCAAUUCUUCAACUUCCGUACUGUGAUCGGAGUGGGCGUGGGCGCCGGGGCGUACAUCCUGUCCAAGUUCACACUUGCUAACCCGGAAUCCGUGGAGGGUCUGGUUCUGGUUAACAUCGACACAAACUCCCGAGGGUGGAUGGAUUGGGCGGCUCAGAAACUCAGCUCUGUGACGUCCUCCCUCACUGAGCAGAUCCUUUCCCACCUUUUCAGCCAGGAGGAGCUGUCGUCCAACACAGACCUGGUGCAGUCUCACAGAGAGCGUAUGUCGAAAGCGCCUCAUCUGCUUAACAUUGAACUCUUCUGGAAGACCUACAACAGCCGCAGAGAUUUGAACCUGGACCGCAGCUGCACUUUCAAGUGUCCCGUAAUGCUGGUGGUGGGCGACCAAGCUCCGUACGAAGAAGCUGCUGUUGAGUGCAACAGCAAACUGGACCCCACCACCACGUCCUUCCUCAAGAUGGCGGACGCUGGCGGUCUCCCCCAGCUCACUCAGCCUGCAAAGUUGACAGAGGCGUUCAAGUACUUCAUCCAGGGAAUGGGCUACAUGGCUUCGUCUUGCAUGACCCGCCUGUCCCGCUCGCGCACCACCUCCCUGUCCUCAUCGUACUCCAUGGACGGGUCCCGCUCGCGCUCGCGCACGCUGUCGCAAGGUUCGCAGGGGGGCCAGAUGCCGCCCAGCCCCUCCCAGACCAUGGAGGUGUCGUGCUGAGGAGGGGAAGGGGUCGAGGACGGGAGAGCAAACCAAGAGAAAGGUGCCAGUCGAGACGAAUGGGUUCCCAUGUUUGUCACUACAACUCCCAUCAUUCCCCGGCAGAGCAGAGUAUAGUGGAAAGGUGGGGGCAUCACACUGAAGUCCAAGUCCUUGCAUUCUCACUGUGUUGACUAAAGAAAACUUUAUGAGAACAAAAAAGAUUGAUGUAAAUUGAGGGUGGUUCUGGUAAACAUUAAACAUGGCGCCUCCCUCUGCUCUGUUGGCCCUUUAAUUUAGACCGGUCGCUAUAGGCCAUUAAUAAUGGUAAAAAUUCUAAAAAAGAGUAAUAUUUUUGAAUCAGAUGUGUUGUUUUCUUAACACCAUAGCAGAGAUAAACAAUGUGCUAGUUGAAACAUUUUGAACUCAUUUUUGUGUUUGUAACCUGCACCGAGGAUGAGUCUCCCUCCGUGGCCGCAAGGUUGUAAUGUCUUCCAGCAGUCUUUCGUUGUUCUCGUGCCCUCAUUCGACGGGGUUUUUUGGCGGAAAGCUUCUUUCCUCUGACUUUUUUUUCUUCCAUGUGGCGCUGAGAUAGAGAACGCAAUAAGGUCCGCUUUGGCUAGCAAGAGUGCACUUCCAGUCGCCACAGCAGCGACGUCGCUAAGUAGCAUGCUAGUGCAUUGAGAAGGGAUCACUGUGUUUAAUCUUCUGAGGUUUUUUUUUAAGCUCUCUUAACCUUAAAAUACCUCCUAACUCAAAAACCUAGCCAGCGUACUUGAGUUUAUGUGCACUGAAAGGAACUCCACACAGUAAGCAAGCAGGGGAUGUAGCGGUCAAGUCCAGAAAUAGCCUGAAAAGUUCUGUAUUGUAAAGAUCACUUCCAGCAAUAAUAGGCUUUUAAAAUGUGAAAGAUAAUCAAACAGAGCUUAAGUUCCACCUUCUAAAUUGUCAGAUGGAAUACUGAUUCCGCGAACGCUAACCACUGCCAUUAGCAACAUUAGCUGCCAUUUUAAAGAACUUUAAAGCAUCAUUCUAAUCUGACCAUUAGCUUGGGCCCUAACGCAUAUUUUCCCCUGUUUUUUAUUAAUACUUGCCUAAAACUGUGAGCCAAAUUGAAGACAUAGGUGGUUGCCAAAUAUGAAGAGGAAAAAUAGUGGUGCUUGUGCGUGUGCGGAGUCAUAGAGGGACGUGUGACUGGAGGUACAGUAUGUAAACAUUUUUGCCCAAUUUUUUUCCCCGCCUUUUUUCUGUCGCUUCUUCUUUCUGUGUACGUUUCCCCCAAAAUACUCACGUUAGUCGAUCGUGUGAUAGUUCAAGUUGUCAUUUUUUUAAUUCUAGCAAUAGGGAGAGUCAUGUUAUAAACAUUGAGACAAAAAAAAAAUUUGAUUUACUUGUGUGAUAAAAAAACAAGAAAAUGUAACACAUAAGAUAUGAAUAAAAACUUAUGAAGAGUA